GAAAAACAUAAGUUUUUCGUUUCGUCUUUCCUAAAUGUAAUGAUCCCAAAAAGGAAAUUGCGGUUGUCUAAAGCGAUGUCCAAGCCAACACAGUUGCAGUUUGGUUUUGCAGAACUAAAAGAGCAUAAAUCGUUCAAAGUUAUGGCAAACGUAAAACAUUGCAAAUUUAAAAUUUGUUGUCUAAUUUUAAUUUUUCUACCAUUUUCAUCAUCAGCAGCGAAUGAUAGGAUUGGAAAUAGUUCAAUUUCGCAUGAAGACAUUUUGAAAAGAUGGACUGAAUUCGAAAGCGCUGCAAAAACUGGAAUCAGGUAUGCAGUGAAAAGUGUUUUGCCUUCUUUGAUGGAGGCAGCAACAAAAUUGGAACUUUCUGCACAAUGCAUGAACAAUGGAAUGCUGCUGCUGAAUAACAUGAUGAAAUUGAAACCAUGGGCAAUUCGAUUCAUUGACUCCAGUGCUAAAAGCAUCGACGGACUGAUGGGUGGCACUUUAAGUUCACUUGGCUCUUUUGACGAGUGUUUGGAAACAGAAGCCAUAUCCGACAGAAGAAAGGAUAAAAUACUUUUCCGAGGGCAAUAUUGCACCAUAAAUAUGAAGCCGCCGCUGCCCCCUCUAGACAGAUUCUACAAGUUGGGGGAGUCUAUGGACGAACUCAAGAAUUUUACCAAAAGAGAAAAUAUAAUAAGUGAUCUAUCGAAGAUUGCUCACACGUUCUACUUUUUAUCUAUAAGACUGGGAAUCUGUGUUCCAUCAGGAUGUUCGACAGAAGACAUUGACAAAGUUUCUAAAGCAGGUAGGCUAAAUAAAAGCAACUUAUGA